AUGAAGAUCAUCAUAGCAGGAAGCGGUGUGGAAGGCCCUGUUCUUGGUAUGCUGCUCAAACAGGAAGGAUUCGAUCCUGUGAUCUAUGAACGAGCGGAUCGCGUUGGAGGAGGUAUUGCGGUGGUACCCGCUCCCCAGACUUUCCGAGUCUUCCAGAUCCUAGGCCUUGCAGAAGAGCUGCUCUCAAUUGGGGCUCCUUGCGACACCAUUCUCUCGUAUUCCGUUCUUACUGCUCCACCCACCGAGCUUCUGCGUACCGAUGCGCCCAAACAAGUCCGCUCAUCCGAGGGCUGGCCCAUCAUGGGUAUCGCACGCGAUACCUUCGUCAAGUGGAUCGUUGCAAAGGCACAAGAGCGGGGGGUAGAGAUACAUUUGCGGAAAGGUGUGAAGGAUGUGCGUGAGGUAGGGGAUAAAGUCGUGGUUGGGCUCAAUGAUGGGACGGAAGAUGAGGCAGAUCUUGUGAUUGGCGCAGAUGGGCUGCAUUCGAGAGUCAGAGAGGUGCUCUUCGGGAAAGACCAAGCCGAUUUCUGCAAGUUGAUCGAGAUAGGCGGACAUGCGAAGACGCCGGAUUCACUUCUCCAAUACAAGUCGACCAUCCUCCACUGGUACGGCUCCGGCAUCCACCUCGUCUCAUUCCCCAUUAACCCCAUCGGCACCGAGCGCAUGUGGGUCUGCACACUUGCCGAAGAGACAGAAGCGCACGAGACCUGGCGUGCUCUCACGCGCGAAGAGCUACACGUUAUCAUGAAGUCUCUUCCCGUCUUCACCGAUGAACAUUGGGCUGGAGGGCCCAGGGAUCUUAUCACGAACCACUCGCACUUUGUCAAGUAUGGGUUGUAUGACCGCCCGCCUCUCGAUAGCUGGCAUAUGAGCCGCAUCGUGCUUGCAGGAGACGCUGCACACCCCACCAGCCCACAUCUGGGGCAGGGGACCAACCAGGCCAUGGAGGAUGCGUACCAUCUCGUGCGCGUGCUAUGCGAGUAUAAGGAUGGCAAGAAGACGCUGGACGAGGCUCUGAAGGAAUACGAGCAGAUCAGGCUGCCCAGGGUGAGCGCGCUUGUUGCACAGGCCAGGAAGGAGGGCGAGCUGAGAGUGGUAGUGGGAGAAGAGGCAUCCAAGAAAAGGGAUGAGGAGUUGAAGAAGGGCUUUGAUCGUGAGGCGUUGCGCUUGUACCUCGAGGCGACGAAGGGACCGUACACGGGUGAGACCGCCACCUGA